UUUAUCGAUAAUAUUAUUAUUUUUAGUGAUAUAGCCGAUAAGUAUAUUAAGCACUUAGAGACUAUCUUUAGCUUGUUUAAGAAGAAGAACAUCUCUAUUACACUAGCUAAAUCCUAUAUUGUAUAUUCUAGUAUAGAGCUGCUUAGUUUCUAUAUUGAUAGAUUUAGAUUGACUAACACUAAGCACUGUAUUGCCGCCUUUAGGAACUUUGCCUUUCUAAACAACCUAAAGGCUCUAGAGCAGUAUAUUAGUGUAUUAGGAUUUCUAUACUAUCUAAUCCUAUACUAUAUAUAG